AUGGGGGAGCCGGCAGACGAGGCGCCGCUGCUCUUCUGGGCCGAGGGCCCCGCGGUCUCCCUGCCGCAGCCCGAGCCGGAGCGGGGCGGCUGGAGCCUGGCCCCGGGGGGCGGCGCGGCGUGGGGCGGCCCCGGGGAGCUGCCGCGGGGGCCGGAGGCGGAGGCGGACCAGAUCGUGGCGGUGUUCGUGGUCACCUUCGAUCCCCGCUCCGGUAACAUGGUGGAAUGGUGUUUGCCCCAAGACAUUGACUUAGAAGGUGUUGAGUUCAAAUCCAUGGCAAGUGGGUCGCACAAAGUCCAGUCGGAUUUCAUUUAUUUCCGGAAAGGGCUCUGCUUCGGCCUGGCCUGCUUUGAAAACAUGCCCGUGGAGAGUGAAUUAGAGCGUGGCGCCCGCAUGAAGUCUGUGGGGAUUCUCUCCCCUUCGUACACCCUGCUCUAUAGAUACAUGCACUUCCUGGAGAACCAGGUCCGACACCAGCUGGAGAUGCCAGGGCAUUACUCCCACCUAGAGGCAUUUUAUGAUGACAAGAAGGGGGUUCUCCCUCCUGGCAAGGGUACCUCCAGCUCUCAGCCACCCGUCCACUGGCUGCCCUCCAUCCACAGAUACAUGUAUCCAGAGAUGAAGAUCACACACCCCGCAGGCUGUAUGUCUCAGUUCAUUAAGUUCUUUGGAGAGCAGAUCUUCAUCCUCUGGAAGUUCGCUCUGCUACGCAAGCGCAUUUUGAUAUUUUCACCACCGCCAGUAGGAGUUGUCUGCUAUAGAGUGUAUUGCUGUUGCUGCCUAGCCAAUGUCUCACUGCCUGGCAUUGGGGGGACCGUUCCAGAGUCCAAGCCUUUCUUCUAUGUGAAUGUGGCAGACAUAGAAAUGCUGGAGACUGAAGUGUCUUAUGUGGCCUGCACGACGGAAAAGAUCUUUGAGGAGAAGCGAGAUCUCUACGACGUCUAUGUGGAUAACCAGAAUGUGAAGACGCACCAUGAGCACCUGCAGCCACUCCUGAAGAUUAACAGUGCCGACAAGGAAAAAUACCGGCGGCUCAAUGACCAGAGGCAGAUGUUGAUGUACUCUCAGGAGGUGGAGGAGGACUGCAGCUCCUGUGAAGAGGAUCUCUUUAUCUUGUUUUUCAUGGAGCAGAACAAUCGGAUAUUUCAGACACUGAUGGAGGUGUCAGCCAGCCAGGACAAGACCUUGACAGCUGACCAUGCCCGGGGCAUGGGCCUGGACCCACAAGGUGACCGAAGCUUCCUAAUGGACCUGCUGGAAGUGUAUGGCAUUGAUGUCAUGCUAGUCAUUGAUAACCCCUGCUGCACUUAA